AUGGCUACACUCCUUCCUCCCCCAAAACGGCAAAAGCUAUACCACGGCAUAUCAGAGCCUGAGCCUGAGCCCGUCAGAGCGUCACCGAAUGUGGUAGUUCAGUUUGUGUCUGAAGAUGAUGGCGCGCAACUUGCGCCGGCGGUUAGCUUGCCGGCAAAUGUAUCGCGAGAUGACUUGCAAUCUCUCGUGAAUAGCCUGACUAAGAACGAAGAACCCGUGCCGUUUCAAUUCCACAUAACAAUACCUGGUGAAGAGACGAAGCCGGGAGGAGCUACGCGGAUUGUCAUUGCCAAGUCCAUUGAAGCCGAUGUACUCGAACAUUCGUCUCAAGCCUUCUCUCCCGAAGAUAUUCUCGUCAUUCGCUGUGCGCCACAGUCCGUCUUCCGGGUACGCCCUGCAACACGAUGUUCAUCGACGUUAUCGGGACAUACCUCGCCAAUACUAUGCGCCGCGUUCUCACCUACGGGCAAUAUGCUUGCAACCGGUUCAGGUGAUACGAAUGCUCGCCUUUGGGAUCUGAACACCGAAUUGCCAUCCCAUACGUUGUCGGGACAUAAGGGAUGGGUGCUAUGUGUUGAAUGGGAGGCUCUUGAGAGGAAACUGGCAACAGGCGGCCACGACGGUCAGGUCAGGAUAUGGGAUCCGAAGACUGGCAAGCCAAUAGGCGAUGCUUUAAAGGGGCAUUCAAAAUGGGUCACCUCCCUAUCAUGGGAGCCAAUACAUCUCAAUGUCGCGUCUCCUCGACUAGCAUCUUCGUCAAAAGAUGGUACCGUCCGUGUAUGGUCAAUGACGACGAGACGCGUUGAGUAUACGCUUGGCGGACACACAGCAAGUGUCAACGUCGUACGCUGGGGAGGGGGCGGUUUGAAUGGGAAGGGCGUCUUGUACACCGCAUCUUCUGACCGUACCGUCCGCGUAUGGGAUGCCAAUAGUGGUCGCCAAUUGCAUGCUCUUCAAGAUCACGCCCAUUGGGUCACGACGCUCGCGCUGAAUACGGACUUUGUGCUACGGACAGGGCCGUUUGACCACACCGGCAAGAGGCCUUCGUCUGAUGAAGAGGCGCAAGAGGCUGCAUCGAAGCGUUACAACGCUCUUGUCAGUGCCACGCCCGAACUCCUCAUCUCAGGCUCGGACGAUCAUACUCUCUUCCUCUGGUCUCUCUUCCCUUCUCGAACGUCCGGCAACGAAGCGGCGAGCGAAGCAGCCGCCAAAGGCGGGAAGCUCAAGCCGCUCGCGCGCCUGACGGGACACCAACGGCAGGUUGCCCACGUUGCUUUCAGUCCUGAUGGGCGAUGGAUCGCGAGUGCCGGCUUCGACAAUAGUGUGCGGCUGUGGGAAGGUCGCACGGGGAAGUUUGUUGCGACGCUACGAGGGCACAUCAGUACGGUCUACCGCUUAACUUGGUCGGCCGAUUCCCGGUUGCUCGUGAGUGCAAGCAAGGACACUACCCUCAAAAUCUGGGACUUGAAAACGUACAAGAUCAAAACUGAUCUGCCCGGCCACACAGACGAGGUGUACUGUGUUGACUUUGUGGCUGACAAGAUUGUGAGCGGUGGAAAAGACCGCACUGUGAAAAUAUGGAAGAACUAG